GCAAAAUGUCAUGUCGAAAAGUUUUACGUCAAAACUUCAUCAAAACUUAAAAAUUCUACGAAAAAAAUCUUCUAACUGAUAUUUAUUGAGAAAUAAUUCUAAAUUAACUACUUUAUUAAUGCUUUAAAAACCGAUUACGUAUCAACCUAGUGAUGUGAAGUGAAAUAAGUGGUUAUAGUGACCAUGAGCUCCAUACUUUCCGCAGAACUUUCAGCGACUUGCAAUGCACUAGGAACCUUCAAUAAAAAGACUGGGAAAUAUUUAAUAGACGAUUUUACACUCAACACAGUUAAAGACCUGAUAAGGUACUUGAGACGCGAUGGCGAAGACCACGAGAUUCGAAGGCAUUUCGGGCAAACCAAAGUGCUGCAGACAGACUUGCUGCCUAUGUUGAUUGACCAUUGGGAAAAAGACGAACUCUUCGAUGUAACACUUAGACUGAUUGUGAAUCUGACAAAUCCAGCUCUCCUGUUAUAUAGAGAAGAAGUGCCAGCGGAAAGGUCAGCCCGCCACAAUUAUUUACAGAUUUUGUCACAUCUGCAGUCAUACAAGGAGGAAGCUUUUACAAAAGUUGAAACCUGGCAGGUGUUCUCUAAAAAAUUGGCUAAGAUACUAGAAAUAGACUGGUCAGAAAGAGAUGAAGACACUGGACUGAUCAUAGAAAGGAUUCUGAUAUUGAUCAGAAACGUUUUACACGUGCCUGCUGAUCUUGAUAAAGAGAGGCGACCUGAAAAUGAUGCCAGCAUACAUGAUCAGGUACUCUGGGCUCUAAACCAAGCAGGAAUCUUGGACAUAAUCUUGUAUAUGUCAUCGGAAAACGAGAAACAGUAUUUUAUGCAUAUCUUAGAAAUUAUAUCUCAUUUAUUGAGAGAGCAAAAUCCAACAAGUUUGGCUGAUGCAGCAUUGCAGAGAAGUGUUGAUGAGAAGUUAAGAGAUGACCAGGAACUGCUUAUGAUGAGGAUGUCUGAGAGUAAAGAAAGGUUGAAUAAGGUUAAACUGUAUUCUGCUACUAGGCACUCUCGUUUCGGAGGUACGUAUGUGGUGCAAAAUAUGAAGUCCAUAUCAGAAAAUCAGCUCAUCAGCCUGAAGCCACUCAACAAAAUAUCCGACUUAGACUUUAACGGCAGCAAGAAAUCUAAGCUGGUCAGACCAAAGAACAGAAGACCUGUUGAGAGUGGAUUCUUGGAAAGAAGAUCUGCGUUUGCUAUUCGAUUAUUCCUAAAAGAGUUUUGCAUAGAGUUUUUGAACACAUCGUAUAAUCCGUUGAUGCAUUACGUGAAAGAUGUGCUGGUGCGAGCCAAGGCGCAACAGAACGACGAAUCUUACUACUUGUGGGCUAUGAAGUUCUUUAUGGAGUUUAACAGAGGACACAACUUCCAAGUUGGAUUAGUAAGCGAAACAAUGUCCGUACCAAUGUUUCAUUACGUACAACAGCAGUUGGAAAAAUACUACGAUAUGAUAAAAAUCGAAAAGAAAAAAUUCGCACCUUGGGUCCGAAGACUGCACCUCUCGCUCAGAGCCUACAAGGAGUUGCUCAAUACUCUACUAGCCAUGGACAAAAGUACUGAUGAUUCAGUCAAGGAGUCGGCAAAAGUACUAAAGAGUAAUAUAUUCUAUGUUUUGGAGUAUAGAGAGUUUAUACUGUCCAUUUUCCUGAAUUACGAUGAGAAUAAGAUGCCGAGGUCAUACUUAGUUGAUUUAAUAGAAACAAUACAUCUGUUCCUGAAGAUGUUGGAGCAUUAUUGCAAAAAGACAGGACUUAUGGUACAGAAGAAAGUACGCAGAAAGGCAAAGACGAAAAGCAAGAAACAGAAGUCUCGUGCCGCGAAGCCCGCUGCAGCAGAGGUCGCGCCGUGGGAGGAGGCGCGCCUGCAAGUGGCGGCCGUGUUAAGCGCGGGCGUCGAGCACUGCCCGCCUCCCUUCGACGCGGCCUCCGAUGUGCCCAUCGAUCAACAGAAAGAAGACUGCAUGAAGAAAAUACAGAAAUUAAUGCGCGAUCACAAGUAUGAGGACGCAGUGGGUACAUUCAGAGCUGCACGAGAAGUAUGGCCAGAGGAAGGUAUAUUUGGAGUGGACGGUAUACCAGAAGACGAAGAACUAGAUAUGCUUGAAACUAUUUAUAAUACGGAUCUGGGAGUCGAAGUAACAGAAAACGUUCCGGUUGAGACACAAGACAACUCCGAAUACGAUGAAGAAGACGAGGAAAACGAGGAAGAAAAAUCAACAGCUGUCGUCGAAACUGACUUUGACUUUCAAGACUUUGUCUUGAGAUUCUGUCAUCCGCGGGUCGUAAGCGCCUGUGUAUGUCUCUUGGAGCGUUACGACAAAAACCUGCCUCACACGAACCACUGUAUCGUGAAGAUGCUUCACAGAAUCGCGUGGGACUGCAACCGGCCAGUCAUGAUGUUUCAAGCGAGCCUGUUUUUGAUCUUUCAAAGGAUUCUGCACAAUCCCGUGCCGCAUUUGAAGGAAUUAGAAAAGUUCGCCGUAUUCAUUCUAAGAAAAUUCUCCGAAAUAGCUUCGAGGAGCGGCAAAGUUUUUAUCGAACUAUUGUUCUGGAAAAAUUCGAAAGACGCCGUCGAAAUUGAGCACGGGUACGAACUCUACAACGACCCGAGGGAUAAGCCCGGCAAAGGUGCCUGGAGCGAGGAGCAAGAGGAGGAGCUUCGUAAACUGUAUAUGGAAAACCAGGCCAACCCUGAAACGGAUCAGGAUGUGAUCGAUUGGAUAUUGGAGAAUUUGAUCGAUCAAACCCGUACGCGUCGUGGCGUCAUCAAGAAAUUGAAGGAACUGGGCCUGGUAUUCAAAGCACCGACCAAAAAGACUAACCGGGAACGAAGGGAAAAGGUUCCCAAAGACUUCAGCGAGGAAGAAGAUGAAAUGUUAAGGGAACUGUGGAACCAGUAUGAGGAUACACCAGAUCCAAUGGCACUAAUAUUACCUCGAAUGCCCCGUAAGCGUUCUAAGCGCAGUUUUGUAGACCGGCUUCUGGAGCUCGGCGUAAUCCAGGAUCGGAAACAAUGUCGCAAGAAGAAACAAAGGCGAGCUAAAAGCGCGGCGGACGACAAAUCGAACGAAAGCUCAUCAGAGUCUGAGGCGUCAAAUUCCGAUAGCGAAAAUGAUAUCGUCUCUCCGCCCGCAAUAACCGUCAAACCGAAGAAAAAGAACAAAACUAACGCAGAGAAAAAACAGCAAAUUAAAAAUAAAAAGCCCGUUAAAAGUGCAGAGCUAAGUGCCAAUGAAAUUGCAAAACUGCUGGUGCAAGCUGUCGAUGAGGGUUACACAGAAGGUCUAAGGUGGCUAGCGGAAAAUUUAGAGGAGGUAGCAUUGGACCAAGAAGCUGAAGGUUUUGAUCCCACGGCAGAAGGAACUCCUCUCGUUCCUAUAUCCAGUGAAUCUGUGGAAGCGAUGGACAGCGCGCUUUUCACUACAGUUCUGAAGAGUAUUGGCAUUCUACCGCCAGUUGACGAACAAGAAACCUACUGGAGGAUCCCAAGCAACUUACACCAUGCAACCAUUCGUAAAAGACGGGAAAUCAUCAUUAAAGCAGUUAACAAAGAACUCAUUAUAGACAAUGCAAAUUAUGAUCAAAGUAACAAAUUUAAUAAUGCUGAAGAACCACCAAAAAGUAAAGCCGAAUCGAGCGAUGACGAUGAUUUAUUCGAUAAUUUGCGCAAAAUGCGUGAUAAUAUUCCAGAAAAAAUUGAUGCUGUAUCGAAUCAUAAAAGUAUACCGAACAAUAAAAAUGUAUCGAAUAAUGCAAGCGUAUCGAAUGGUAAAAUCGAAUCGAAAAAUCGAAAACGAAGUCGCAGCAUCGAUUCUGAUGAAGGAAAUAAUCGGAAAAUGCAGAGAAUCGAUGAAAUCGAAGACGAGGAUGAAGACAUUUUAUCAUUUGCCAAGAAAACUCUACAAACUGAGUUGCCUGACACUGAGGAUAUAUUGAGUGGACUGCCACAACACAGUGAUGACAGCGAGCGGGAAGACGGCGCGGCAGUGAGGGGGAAACGCAAGAAACUACGAGUAAUUAGCGACGACGAAUCUGAAUAAAUAUUUUUAAAUUAAAACAUCUUAGUUUUUGUCUA